UCUCUCCAAAAGAGUUAUCAACUGCCGCCGUUGUUACUUGCAUCUUUUCCUCAAUAAUUGCACGGUGUUUCGGAUAAAAAAAAAAAUGCACGGUAUUCCGAGUUCAAAUGGGGAGAAAGAGACAGCCGAGAGGCAGGCCAAAAUACAUGUGCGAACCUAUUCCUGGCUGUCAACAGCUUUGCAAUGACAUUCUUGCUGAUAAAACCCACCUAUUAAAAUUUCUAGUUUUUUCAUUGCAGUUGCUAGAAACAGUAGUACUAUUACUUUUUUCUUAGUAGAAUGAAGUCAGCAAUCUGAUCCUAAGAUAGAAUCAUGAGGUAUUUUAGACAAUCCUUGUUUUAAAAUUAUCUUGAUGUCUGUUAGAUAAGGCUUUCUAAGAAUGCUAAAAGAUGGCAAUGGCAUCUUAUUUAAAAGUGAUUCUAGGCUCAAUUGCCUUUGCAAUCUUCUGGGUACUGGCAGUUUUCCCUGCUGUUCCAGUUCUACCUAUUGGGAGGACUGCAGGGGCCCUCUUAGGAGGUAUGCUGAUGGUCAUUUUUCAAGUUUUAACUGUUGAUCAAGCAUAUGAAGCAAUCGAUCUUUCAAUCCUUGGCCUUCUUUUCGGUACAAUGGUUGUCAGUGGAUAUCUUGAAACAGCAGAUGCGUUUAAGUACUUGGGUAAGUUGCUCACAUGGAAGAGUAAAGGCGCAAAGGACUUAAUUUGCAGAAUCUGCUUAAUUUCUGCCAUUUCAAGUGCUUUGUUCACCAACGACACAUCUUGUAUGGUUUUGACCGAAUUUGUGUUGAAAAUUGCAAGGCAAAAUAAUCUUCCACCUCAACCUUUCCUACUUGCCCUUUCCUCAAGUGCUAAUAUUGGAUCUACAGCAACUCCGAUCGGUAACCCCCAGAAUUUGGUUAUAGCCACCGAGAGUGCAAUUUCUUUUGGGGAAUUCUUAACAGGAAUUCUCCCUGCGACUAUACUAGGAGUUGCUGUCAAUGCUUUAUUACUUAUAUGCAUGUAUUGGAAUUUGUUAUCUGUCAAGAAAGAUGCAGAAGAUUCAGCUGCGGAAUUUGUUACGGGGGAUAGUGUCAGUUCUUACCAUUUUUCACCAGCCACAAUGUCACAUUUGGCAUCAUCUACCUCUGAAGGACGACUCCCUGGAUUGGAAAUUAGAGGCGGUGUAAAUUCAAACCAGAGUGAGGCUGAGAUUCACUGGUCCUACAGGAAUCCAACUUGUUCAGAAAGAUGGAAAAGGAAGCUGUGGAAAUCCUGUGUUUAUCUAGUUGUCGUAGGAAUGUUAAUCUCUUUGCUUAUGGGUUUUAAUAUGUCAGGGACUGCAAUUACUGCUGCCCUUUCUCUCAUGAUUCUCGAUUUUAAGGAUGCUGUGCCAUGCCUGGAGAAGGUAUCUCACUGUCUUCUAAUUUUCUUCUGCGGGAUGUUUAUCACAGUCCAAGGGUUUAAUAAAACUGGAAUCCCAAGCGCUCUAUGGGAGCUAAUGGAACCCUAUGCAAAGAUUGAUCAAGUCAGUGGAAUAGCAGUUCUUGCACUUGUCAUUCUUGUCCUGUCAAAUUUGGUUUCAAAUGUGCCGACUGUUCUGUUGCUUGGGGCAAGGAUGGCAACAUCAGCAGCAUUGAUUUCAACAGCCUCUGAGAAGAAGGCAUGGCUCAUUUUAGCCUGGGUCAGUACUGUGGCUGGGAACCUCUCAUUAUUGGGAUCUGCUGCCAACUUGAUAGUGUGUGAGCAGGCCUACCGGGUUCCGAAUCUGGGGUACACUUUAACCUUUUGGAACCAUCUAAAAUUUGGAGUCCCCUCCACUCUUUUAGUCACUGCAAUUGGCUUGAUUCUAAUAAAACCAUAGCAAACAUGUCUUAAUCACAGAGCGUUUCAGGGUAUGAUUAUUCUUUAUUGAAUCAUAACAGAACAUAUGCUACAUUUCUAGUUAUAUGGUUCUCCUUGAAUCAAUGAUGUUUUCGGCCAAGCCUUAAAUCAAGUGAUUGGAUGACAAAUUUUUGUGGUUGGCUUGGGAAAUUCCUGCUUGACUAUCGCCUGAUCUUUGUGGCUGUCCAACUUAUCUGGACUUCGGCUGGGCCUGGCUGCAAUGGCACCCAAGAAGUAACCAGACAUUUGAGGAAGCUGCGGGUUGGUUAUAAGGGGGUAAAGACAAAAGAUUUGUGGUUUUUUCACCCACUCUAUUAUCUCUUUUGACCUUUUCAAAGUUUGACAUCUCUACUAUCUUU